UCUCUACAAAGACCUUCUACAGUUGGUGUGGCUAGAAACUUCCUAAUUCUUGCUCAACCAGUCCUCUUCCCGUUGCCACAAUCCGAAAUGUCGAACGCAGAUUCCGAUGGCGCCUGGCCGUGGUUGUGGCAUGCUAAAGAAGCGAAUGAUGGCAUUCCUAGAGCUACUACAGCACUGCUUGUCAUUGCAAUAGCAGCUCUUAGUUUUUUCUCUUUGUUCAGGAGGCGAAACCACGCGACGGCUCCAUUGCCGCCGGGGCCCCGGGGCGUGCCGUUCUUCGGGUACCUCCCAUUCCUAGGCACCAAUCUUCACCAGAAAUUCACUGAAUUGGCUGAGACCUACGGCCCCAUCUACAAACUCCAUCUCGGAAGCAAAUUAUAUGUGGUUGUUAACUCCCCGUCGCUGGCUAAAGAAAUCGUACGGGACCAGGACAUGACGUUCGCCAAUCGGGACCCGAACAUCGCCGCUGCUGUCGCAUCAUAUGGCGGAAGGGACAUUGCCUUCUCAAGCCAGGGUCCUUAUUGGAGGAAUCUACGCAAACUGUUUGUACGGCAGUUGAUGAGCAACGUGAGCCUCGAUGCCUGUUACGGUUUGAGAAGGCAGGAGGUCAGGAAAGCUCUAAGCGAUCUGUACAGAAAUCCUGGGGUGCCAGUAGAUGUCGGCGAAUUGGCCCUUCUGACCUUGAUUAAUGCGGUGAUGGCGAUGCUGUGGGGAGGAACGCUUCAGGGAGACAAGGGCGAAGCCAUGGGCAUCGAGUUUCGAAAGGCGGCGGCCAAACUCAUGGUGCUCUUAGGAAGUCCGAAUGUUUCGGACUUUUUCCCGGCACUCGCUUGGCUUGACCUGCAAGGAGUGGAAAGGGACAUAAAAAGGGUGCAUCGGUGGUUUGAUGAUUUUAUUCAGUCGGUUAUCGAUUGCGCCACCAAAGGAACAACAAAUGAACUGUUCAAGCAGAAGGAAGGAGAAUCUAAAAGCAAUGAACAGAAAAAGGACUUUUUGCGGAUUUUCCUGGAUAUGGAGAUGGAUCUUGAAGAUAUUCAGCCACCAAUGGACAAGAGUGGAGCACUCAAAGCCGUGCUUAUGGACAUUGUAAUCGGUGGAACUGAUACGUCUUCGACAAUGGUUGAGUGGGUGAUGGCAGAGUUGCUGCAGAACCGAAAUGUGAUGAACAAAGUAGUCCACGAAUUGACAGAAGUUGUGGGGGAGGAUGAGAUGGUCGAAGAGCAUCACUUGCCAAAAUUAAAGUACCUCAACGCUGUCGUGAAGGAGGCAUUUCGCUUGCACCCGGCGCUGCCCUUAUUGGUGCCUAGGACCCCAUAUGCUUCCUGUGUCGUCGGUGGUUACACAAUACCGAAGGGCAGCAACAUAUUUUUGAACGUAGGUUAUAUCCACAGAGACCCCAAGAUUUGGGACAAACCGUUGGAGUUUAGACCCGAGAGGUUCUUGGAAGAUCCCAGCAAGUAUGAUCUCUCGGGCAACAACUUCACGUACAUGCCGUUCGGUUCCGGUCGAAGGAUGUGCGCGGGGGUUGCACUGGCAGAGAGGAUGCUACUGUAUGUUUUGGCCUCUCUUUUGCAUUCGUUCGAGUGGGAAUUACCGCCAGGGGUUGAGCUGGAAUUCUCGGACAAGUUCGGCAUUGUGGUCAAGAAAAUGAAGCCCCUGGUCGCCAUUCCCAGGCCAAGAUUGUCCACUCGAGAGCUCUACAUGUCGAGAUAGAUCUUUUUAUGAGUCUCAAGACUCUUCAUUUCAAUUCUACGAAAUAAACGGAUCCUGCCAGUAUCGAUCAUGUUUUAAGCAUCUACUCAAUUAGACCCGGGUUUGAAAGGAACUUAUGCUGCUUUUGUUUGUGAUGGGAGAAAGAAAUCCUGUUAUCUGCUGGUUCUUCAGGUCAGUUAGACCAGAAGAUGAAGUAUUCUGUAAUGCUUUUUUUUCAAUCAAAUAGGUAGAGUUUCCAUGGA